AUGCUGCUUAUAAAUAGUAAUGUGUAUAAUAACAUUUAUGACCAAGAAGAUAAUUAUAAAACAAGUGUACUUUCAGUGUACACGAAGUAUUUACUGUGCUUAAUUAUGCCAUUAAACAUGGAUUUUCAUGAAUGCAAUUGCAAAAAUGUAACAAUUACAGAGGGAAUAUUUGGAGAAACCUGGGUUGAUAAUAAUGAUCAAAUUUUUACUGAUCCUAUUCCAAAAACUGUAAAAUCAUAUACUAUGGUAAAUACUAAUCGAAUGGAAAUUAUUGUUAUUACAUGGGGUGCUACAAUUGUAUCUUUGAAAUGUCCAGAUAAAUAUGGAUAUUCUACUGAUAUUGUCCUUGGUUUUGAUGAUAUAAAAGGGUACUCAAAUCCUAUAACAAAUCCAUUUAUUGGUUGUAUACUAGGCAGAUGUGCAAAUCGCAUUAAAAAUGGUCAUGUCACUAUUAGAGGCAAAGAUUAUGAAUUAACAAAAAAUGAUUUCAAUAGAAAACAUCAUUUACAUGGAGGAACAAAUGGAUUUGGUCGUAAAGUUUGGGAUUCAUACAUUACUGGAUGUUCAGUUGUUAUGAGUUACUUAAGUCAGGAUGGUGAAGAAGGCUACCCAGGUGCAGUGUUAACUACAAUAAAAUUUAAAUUGACUCCUGAUAACAAAUUUAACAUAUGCAUGAGAGCUACAACUUCAAAACCAACAAUAGUGAAUUUAUCACAUGGGUCUAUGUUUAAUUUAGCUGGGCAUGAUACUGGAGAAUCUGAAUUGAGAAAACAUAAAGUACAACUGAACUGUGAUCGUUGGACAUUUGCGGAUUAUACAGAUCCAAUUCCAACGGGUGCCAUUCGUGGCGUAGGUGGAACGGUGAUGGACUUUCGAAUACCUCAAAUUUUAGGAGAAUGCAUAGAAAAGGUACCACCUGGAGAAGGUUAUGAUCAUAACUUGUGCAUUACAAAAAAUGGACAAUCUGGUAGUUCAUUUGUUGCUAAAAUAUGGCAUGUAAAAAGUGGACGUGCUUUAGAAAUUUAUUCAGAUCAAUGUGGAAUACAAUUUUAUACUGGAGGUCGUUUACCACCUCAGAUGGUUCCAGAAUUUUUAUCUAAUUAUGACUUAUUAGCAAACAUUGAAGAAAAAGGAGAACAUGAUGAAUAUAAAAGUGAUGAUGAAAAUGAAGAAAUGAAAGUUCAAAAGCAUUAUAAAAAAAUAUUAAAUGUACCUAAAAAGCUAGAAUUUAUUUUAGGAAAACAUGGUGCUCACUACAAAAAAUAUUGUGCUUUUAGUAUUCAACCACAAAAUUACCCUAAUGCAAUACAUUAUUCACAUUUUCCAUGUUCUAUACUAUAUCCUGGUCAAGUUUAUUAUCAUGAUCUGACAUAUAAGUUUGAAGUACAGCUUGCAAAUUAUAUGUAA